UCAGUGAAGAGAGAGAGUCAAGAGGAGAAAAGUUCAGGACAGCAGCACCUGAAGCAGGAAUGAGCAGCAUUGCACCUCAGCAGCUUUUUCAUCUUGCACGAUAGGAACAGUUCUUCUAGAUAACAAAGACAUUGACCAAAUUGACCAAAUUAUGAAAUGACAUAAACCCUUUGUUUUGUGUUUUUUUGCCACUAUGGGUCAACAUUAUUUACUUCAGGCCAGUGUCUUCCGCGCGACUGUCUUGUUUGCUGUGCUCAUCUCGAUCCCUCGUGGGCACUCUGACUGUGCAGUGUGCCAAUACAAGAUAAACCCCACAACAUCAGACAUCACUAUAUUUGUAGGAGACAGCUCCUCCUGCAGUGUCCAGAACACCAGCAUUACAAGCACUCAGAAUAGCAUCACAGUGACUGGACUGCAGCCUGGAAACACAUAUUUCUUCAAGAUCAACUGCUCAGAUGUGUGCUGUGGAAACUUCUCCACCAAUUAUUCCAGCAGUCUGACUAUCACGCAGCUCAAAUCCUCAGUGUGUCUCAACUGGACAGGCCAGUUAUCACUGACCAAUGAGUCUUUUACUCUCCGCCCUGAGCCUGUUAGUAACCUGUCUGUGCACUCCAUCACUGUGAGCUCAGUGAACCUGAGCUGGAUACUUCCAAAUGGCAUCAGCCCCUAUUAUAGAGUAGCUUGGGGUGCAGACUUGCUUCUCACAACUAUCCAAACCUCCAUUCAAAUCUCACAACUUGAACCUGGCAAUAAAUACUCCUUCAGAGUCACCUCAGUGGCCUCUGAUAACCUCACUGAGGGGAAUGCUGCUGAAAUAUCCCAAAACACAAGUCCAGCACAAGUAGAGAAUAUCACUGUGCUGAAUUCCAGUAACAGCAGUCUGACCGUGGGCUGGCCAGUCCCUCUUGGUCAUGUGGACUCAUAUAUUGUGAACAUAUCUGGUGCCGAGCUGAACACAACCCUCAGCAAUACCACACUUACCAACUCUUCAGUCAUCAGUAACCUCAUGGCAGGACGUGUUUACAACCUCACUGUGACCACCAUCAGUGGAGUCCUGAAGAACAGCUCUAACAUAGUGCUGGUUGCCACUAAGCCUAACCCGCCUGAAGCUGUCCGAGUGAGUGGUCAGACAAAUGUAUCUAUUUCUUUGCUGUGGUUGAAACCCUUAUCAAUGGAUGGAGUCACUGUGUCCUAUGAAGUGUCAUAUAGAUCUAACCAGUCAGGGGUCAACCUAACUUUGAAUCUUACCAAUUCUUUAAACGCGACGCUCACAAAUUUAUUACCCGGCAGUCAGUACGACAUCACUGUGGUCAGCAUAGGAGUAAAAGAACUCAGGAGCUCAUAUGUAAACCUCAGUGCAUAUACAGCUCCUAAUGCAGUGCAAAAUCUGGCUGUUUCUGCUGUCAGCACCAAUUCAGUCAAUCUGACCUGGCUACCCCCUAAUGGGACCCUCAGCCUGUUCUCCUACAGUAUCAACAUCUCUUCACCUAAUCAGACUCUCAGUACCACAUCCAACAAUUAUCAGAUUACUCCGUUGCAGCCUGGGACUCAGUAUAAUUGCAGCGUCAGAACACUCAUAACAGCUGCCAACAUAUUUGGACCCUCACAGACCAUACAGUGUAAUACCAAGCCACUGCCAGUGACUAAUUUAACAGCCUCUCCUGUUGGCACCACUGAGAUGCGCCUUUCAUGGUCUCGUCAGAGUGACUACAAAUCUUCAUAUCAGUAUAAUGUGAGUGUAAAUGGUGAACAAUGGAUACAGAUUAACAAUGAGUCCACAAAUGUUGUUAAUCUGAUCGCUGGCAACAACUACACCUUUACUGUGCAAACUGUAGCAAAUGGCAUGAGCUCUGAAUCUGUAGCCAUCUCUGCAUUUACAGGGCUUGGUAAAGCAUCUAAUAUUUCUGCAGUUGGCACUACUCAGAGUAUGAGAGUGGAGUGGAGACCGCCUGAUGGCAUUGUGAGUCUCUACAACGUCAAAAUCCUGUUGAACGGGACUGUUUUAAAGAUGGAAAACCGAACGAAUGAGACAAUUGUGGUGUUCUCAGACCUGCUACCUGGAACUCAGUACAAUGUCAUUGUGACAAGUAUCAGUGGACCCAUAAAGCAGGACAGCGAUAGUGUAUCCAAUGCCACCUUGCCUACUCCUCCUGGCGAGUUUGUGACCAUGCAAAGCACAAACUCACUGAACAUUAGCUGGGCUCGACCACUUAACAUGAGCUCCGUAUCACACUAUUUCCAGUUGUCAUACAGGAACAGCACGCUGAACUGCAGUCAAAACUACAGCUCUCUGACAGGACUCGAUGCAGGUGUCCAGUACAACAUUAUUGUGAGGACUGUAGGUGCAAUGGGAUAUUUCAGCUCUCCUCAGUUUCUCACUGCAUAUACAAAUCCUACUGCCGUAACUGAUGUGAGAUUGAACGAAUACACUGAGACCAGUAUAUCUUUGAGCUGGCAGCAGCGUGAUGUUCAGCAAUCUGGUUACUCCUACCUGCUCACCUUCACACACCCUAAUGGCAUAGUUGACCAGAAGACUGUAAAUUACACCAGAGCACAGCUACUGUCACUGCAGUCGGCUAGUCAGUACAAUAUCAGCAUUAUCACACAGACAGCUGGCGGCACCAAGUCUUAUCCCCAGUUUAUAACCGCCUGCACAAAGCCGUUUCCAGUUUCUGCUGUAAAAUACGAUGUUCUGAAUGUUUCUGCUGUGAAGCUAAGCUGGUCCCGUCCUCAGGAGUAUCACAGUGGCUUUUCCUACCAAGUAUUAGUGUCCAACUGCACAGAAAAUAGUAGGAACUUGUCGAUUGUGUCUGAAAACAUCACAGUGCCAGACUUGCAGCCUGGAACCCUGUGUCAGUUCAGUCUAUAUAGUUUGGCCUGCGGCAUUCUGGGAGAACCAGUGAACAUCUCUGUCUUCACAAAGCCCUCUACAGUGAUUCCACAACUAGAUAAUCAAGGCUCUAACCACUCACUCUUGGUGACGUGGGAUCAUCCUGCUGGUGGGCUAGACAUGUACAUUCUGAACAUCAGCAGUGAAGGAUGGAGCAGCUCUAAAGUUCUCAAUAGCACUGAAUGCAAUCACACCUUCAGUCAACUAAAAGCAGCCACUAUCUUCACAGUCACACUCACGACUGUCAAAGCAGCCUUCCGGGAAACAUCUCAUUCAGUAAACAUGGCAACUUAUCCAAACAGACCGGGAGAGAUUACGAUUUUGUUGAAGAGCAGCCAUUCAGUGUGGUUUCGGUGGGAUGAAGCUGAGAACAUGUCAGCUGGCAGCUUCAACUACAGCCUGACCUGUUGGUUGAGCUAUAACACCAGUCAAUAUCUCACUGCUAAUAACACUUUCCUUUUGGACGGCUUGCGAUCUGGAACAUCCUAUAAUGUUUCUGUGGCUACUGUAGGCCCGAUGGGUUUCCAGAGUGAAUCUGUCAGAGUUCAUGUAACCACCAAGCCUGAUCCUGUCCAAAACCUACAACUUGGUUCCACAACAACGAAUAACAUUUUUGUAAUUUGGGCAAAAGUGGAAGGGGUCCCGAUAUAUGUAGUAAGAGUGUACAGUGAGAAGGUAGAGAACAAAUCAACCAGUACAACUAACAGCAUGACCAUAUACAAUCUGAUGCCUUCGACACUUUAUAACAUCAGUGUGCAGAGCAGCACUUCUGACAACACAGAAGGAGAAGCCGUGUGGCUGCAAGCAUGCACAGAUGCAGCUCCAGUGGAGAGUGUGACUUGUAUAGGUCCUGAUUUAACCUUUCCAAUGCUAACCCUCUCAUGGAGCCCUCCUCCUGGUAAAAACCAGGGCUUUGAAGUUAAGCUGAACUCCUCCAACUCAGAAACGACCUUAAGUCUAAACCACACCUUCACUGGACUCAAGUAUAACACUCUGUACAAAGUCAUGCUCUGGACAGUUGGUUGUGGGAAUAAAAGCACGGUGAAAUCAAUCACCUGUAUGACUGGAAUCACAAAGCCUGUUGUACCUAAAAUAAGAGCAGUGAGUAUAUCUGAGCUACAAUACAACAAGUUUACUUUGAUUCUUCAGUCAGAUGUCUUUAAUGACUCAAACGGUCCUGUGCUGUAUUAUGGUGUGCUUGUCUACUCCGGCACGAUUGAUUGCUUGGACAAGAGUAACUCGAUCGAUCGAUGCCUGUUGAACACCUACGAGGACUGGAAAGCAAAGCUUUGCAGCACAUUCCUGGCUGUUGUCAAAGAAACAGGGUCUACAAGUGUACAGAUUGGAGAUGGAACUAUGUGGAAAGGUUACAAAAAUGGAGAACUAAAUGCCAAAGUCAGUUACAAUUUUGCUGUCAUUGCUUUCACUCGUCUGAAGAUAAACAACGAUUUAGUGGAUGUGUCUAAUUCAUACUACUCCAUAUCUGAGUUUUACCAAAGUCCCAUCACACUGCCAGAGAACCCAGUGGUAAUUGGAGGAGCAGCUGCAGGAGUCGGUGUUGCUGCUCUUCUUGUUGUAAUCAUCAUUGGGGUUGUGGUUUGUAGACGGAAGCAAAGAAAAGAUGAUUCUACUAGUGUUCCUAUCCACUCUAUAAGAAACAAAGUGAGUGAUCCAAUAAAGGUGGAGGAUUAUGAAGCUUAUUAUAGGAGGCAAAGAGCUGAUUCCUUCUGUGGAUUUGCUGAAGAAUUUGAGGAUCUAAGGCCAGUUGGGAUAAAUCAGUCGAAGACUGUUGCUCAGGCCCCUGAAAACAAAGCCAAGAAUCGUUACAACAAUGUGCUGCCAUAUGAUUCAUCUCGUGUCAAGCUCUCUGUGCUCAGCAGCCCAUUUGAUGAUUACAUCAAUGCCAGCUACAUGCCGGGUUACACUUCAAAGAAGGAGUUCAUCGCAGCCCAAGGCCCACUGCCCUGCACUGUCGAUGACUUCUGGAGACUGAUCUGGGAGAAAAACGUCCACACUAUUGUCAUGCUCACCAAAUGCAAUGAGCAAGGACGGGUGAAAUGUGAGGAAUACUGGCCAGCAGAGACGAAACAUUUUAACAAUCUGAUAGUGAUGAAUACUUCUGAGAUCACAUUGGAAGACUGGACUUUACGUGACUUUGAAGUGAAAAAUGUGAAAACAACAGAGUCUCGAUCAGUUCGUCACUUCCAUUUCACUGCGUGGCCAGACCAUGGAGUUCCUGAGACCACUGAGCUCCUAAUCAACUUCAGACACCUGGUCCGAGAACACAUGGACCAGUACUCAAGACAUUCACCCACACUUGUGCACUGCAGUGCUGGUGUGGGCCGGACGGGAACCUUCAUCGCCAUUGAUCGGUUAAUCUUUCAGAUUGAGCGGGAUGGUGUAGUAGAUGUAUAUGGGAUCAUCCACGAUUUACGCAUGCACAGACCACUCAUGGUUCAAACAGAGGAUCAGUAUGUGUUUCUUAACCAGUGUGCCAUGGACAUCAUCAAGUCUCGGACUGGCAACAAUUUAGAUUUGAUUUACCAGAACACAGCUGCACUCACUAUUUAUGAGAACUUUGAACCCUUAAAAAAAGCCAAAAAUGGCUACCAUAAAGCCUGACCGUCUACCUUGAAUAAUUCACUGCACUGCUGUAAAAGAAACUUUGUUCUUUUAUUUUUUUUUAAAUGGAGUUUUAUUUAAAGAGGAAAAACAAAACAUAUAUUAAGUUUUUUUUAUAAAGGUAUAACAGUACACCGAAAUAUUUUUACAUUUUGUUAAUCAAGUUUUAAUCAAAUACAGAAAUGUCACUGCAGGGAUGUCUUGUGAGUUUUCAUAGAAUAAAGCUGAUAAUGUUUCAAUGAUGUAAUACAGGCUACAGGUGAAAUGAAGAUAAGCCUGAAUAGAAAUAUAGACAUGUGCAGACGUCACAUAGGACUUCACCAUUAGACAGUAGUACAGCAGUAGUGAAGACAAAAUGGGUUUUCAGAACACCUCUUCUGUGAUUUAACAUAGCAACUAACCUUGGUUUGAGCCAGUAGGCUGGUAAUCUGUUGACAAUGUGCAGUGACAGGUUGCUGUUCUCAGGUCUGUGUUUUUAAUAUAUCUAUUUAUUUCCGGAUGUCACAGGCCAAAGGUCGACCUUAAAUGGGUAAUAAGGACAAUAAGUUACCAUUGAACAGUAGCGGUCUCUUUGGUAUUCUCUUCAGUUGUUUAUUUCAGUAAAGAUACAUGCUGACCUGCCUGUUCCUGGUUUGUAAAUGUUUUUGUUUUCCUUUUAGAAUGAGGUCAGUGAAUGUUUAGUAUAUGCCUACUGAUAUAAUUUAUUACAAAAAGAUUUUAACAGAGUGUGACUCUGGACCAUGUGUGCACUUAAACUGUUAUAUUUGUACAUAAUAUAUUUUGUUCAGACUGAACUUCCAACUUUUUUCUCACAAAGUGUUGUUCCAGGGACUUUUUUUGCUUGUGUGGUUUUAAUAUUCUGCAAUUUUCUGCACAGAUUUUUUAAAAUAGUUUAUUGAUACUCUGCUGGUCAUGAUAGAGAACAGAUACAGAUGAACUCUGUAUUAUAUUGAGAUUAAAAAAGCUGCACUUUAUUUCAAA